CUUCUCCCUCAGAAGUUUGGUCUGUCGCCUCGGUCUCUGGGACAGCCUCUCACACACCAUCUAACUUACCAACUGGGGAAACUAACUCACCUGCAAGCACCCGACCACCAAAUCAGACAAAUAUUAAUUUUCUUUCAGUUUUGUUAUUUUUGUUUUGUGUUUAACCACUCACUGCCCACUGUCAUGGAGACCCUGCGAUCGAGACCCGGACACAACUCAUUUUGCCACACUUGCAGGACAACGGAGGAGAGCAGAAGGAAGGUCAAGAAGAUGUCUUCAUCCAGCCGUUCGUUGCUCUUUGCACUGGCGCUCACCCUCUAUGCGGUGGAGAUGACCUCGGCGGAGACUCUGUGUGGGGGAGAGCUGGUGGACGCGCUGCAGUUUGUCUGCGAAGACAGAGGAUUCUAUUUCAGUAGGCCCACCAGCAGGGGGAACAACAGGCGCACCCAGAACCGUGGGAUAGUGGAGGAGUGUUGUUUCCGUAGCUGUGACCUCAACCUUCUGGAGCAGUACUGUGCUAAACCCGCCAAGUCAGAAAGAGACGUGUCGGCCACCUCUCUACAGGUCGUACCGGUGAUGCCUCCAUUAAAGCAGGAAGCCCAGAGGAAGCCGCAUGUGCCCGUGAAGUAUUCCAAAUACGAGCAGUGGCAAAGGAAGGCGGCCCAGCGGCUCCGGAGGGGUGUCCCCGCCAUCCUGAGAGCCAAAAAGUUCCGAAGGCAGGCGGAGAAGAUGAAAGCCCAGGAGGAAGCAAGCUUCCACAGGCCCCUGAUCAGCCUGCCCAGCAAACUACCACCCGUCUUGCUCACCACGAACAACUAUGUCAACCACAAAUGAGCCCGUUGCCAGCCCUUUGCACAGACAAGAGUUUGGAAGGACAAAAAAGCCUAGGGGAUUAUAGCUUUGUCUCUGACGUCAUUUCUGUGGCAGUCCUCUUUGACCUCCCCUGCCCUGUCCGAGCCCACCAGUACCCCCAGCCCAUUCUCAUCCACUACUUCUUGACCCCCUGCCCCCUUUCUAAUACCCCUCGAACCAUACCGCCAUCCUACGGAGCACAAACAUGCCUUCACAUUCUUCCUGUCUGAACUUUUUUUUUUUUUUGCGAGCUCUUUCAGUCACCGACACAAAAGGCGCAAACACAAAUGAUGAACAAAAAGUUAACAAUUCGACUGAAUGCCAUUCAGGUGGACCCGUAAGCAAAAGAAUAAAUGGAAGAGAGCAAGAAGAUGAAAGAGGUCUGUGGUUUGCAAGUGUCAAGAGGACACCCAACGGAAUGGUUUUUUUUUUUUUGUGUCCUUGUGGAACUCAAAGAAAUGACGAGCUUGCAUGACAGUAUCCAUUCCACGUUUUUUUCCUGAAGCAAAAAAAAAGAAAAUCUGUUCGUUUUUUCUUUUUUUUUCCUUUUUUUUUUUUUUAGUUUGCACCUCUACCUAUAAAGGGACUUCCACACUGUAAGGAAUUAUUUUAUAAAAUUAGAUUCCUGUUCCAGCACCUUUUGAUCACAAACAAAAAGCAGAAAAGAGUCUGCAGAAUUGCACAUUGCCACGGAUUACGUCAAAGUAAAGAAAAAUAUAUGGCACUAUUUUUUUAUGAACAAUGGACGCGUUGCUUCAAAAAUGCCAUGGUGCUAGCUUUGGGAAAGGACUCAAAGAAGAGGUUGAAAAGCACGUUUGUUUUUUUUUUCUUUGAAUAUAUUAUAACUUUCCGUUUUAAGGAAAGUGUGACUUUAAAAAAAUAGGGAGAAAGAAUAUGGGGGAGCUCCUGACAGUGGCAAAGUCAAGGGGGAAGUGUCACUGAGAAACUAUGGGGGCGAUGAGGGCAUCAAUGCUCAAGGGAAGUGCGAGUGGCUGCUCAUCACAAGGAGGACAAGAGACCCUGGCCUUGUCCCUCCUGUCUCCCGUCCCGGAGGCAGAUGGACACAGGGAACAUAAUAUGGGACACACCAUGGACUGCCUGGAUUGGGACAGUACAAUCGUCCUGGGACAGUACUUCCUGUCUGGCUUUGCGGACUGCUCCGGCAGGAGGUAUCAUGGCAUGGACAAGUGGGAUAAUUGAUGAUUUUAUUUUAGUUUCAUCUUAUUGUUUCUUGCUUUCUUUUCAUAUCAAUAUUUCAAUGAAAAAAAAAAGAACCCCACCCCCAGCCGUCUGUUUCUGGUACCAUGACAUUCCUGUUUUUCGAAGUUAGGCAAUUUCAUGGUUAUGUUAUAUGAUGUUA